AUGUGGGUGACAGACUUAUCAAUUAUUUUCUUCUUCUCUGCAGCUGCAAAGAAAAGCAAGGGAACGUCAGCUGCCACAUCUGAAACCCUGGCUUCUAAAAAAGAAUCUAAAGCUCUGGAAGAAUCUAAAGAUGCUGAAAUGCCUCUAACCAAGGAAAGCAGCGUAGUGCCUGUGACCAAGGAAGGCGCUGAAAUGCCUCUAACCAUGGAAGGCGCCGACGUGCCUCUGACCAAGGAAGAAGGCAAGGUGGUCUCAAAAGAGUCCUCUAAAAAGGAUAAGCAAACUGUUGUGAAUGCUUUACUUGGUCCACUUGAAAAAGAAGAUCUAAUAAAGUUGCUCAAUGAAAGGGAUCAACGAACUUUACUUCUUAAGGACUUACCGAUUGAAAUCCAGGAAGACGCUCUCAUGAAAUUGUCAAAAGAUAUUCAACAUGUUCAUAUUCACAUACAGGUUGAAAGUGACCCCUUCAAAAUUGCAUGUUACGCAUUUUUGGAAUUUGAAAACGAGGCUGCUGCUGAAAAGAAUUUUAAAUCACUGAGUGAGACAGUAUUGAAAGGUAAACCACUGACAGUUGACUAUACAGGCAAAAAGAGUCUUCAUCGGCCAAAAGAACCAAAAAUUCUCAAGGAGUUGGAUAUCAUGAAAUUGUACAUCACUGGAUUUCCAUACACAACAACAGAAAUUGAACUGAAACAGUUGUUCCCAAAAGCAGAGUCUUUGGUUAUGCCAAUCAAAUGGAACACGCAAAGGCCACUAGGGUUUGCCUUUGUCAAAUUUGAAGAUGCUGAUGUCUGUGCUGAAGUAAUGAAGCAGAUGAAUGGAAAAUCGUUCAAAGGUGGCAAACUGGUUGUUGUUUAUGCCAACUUAGUAACGAAUAGUCAAAUCUCAAAAGGAACUAAAAGAAAGACAGAAACCGCACCAGCAACUGCAAAGAAAAUCAAGGCAAUGCCAGCUGCCACAUCUGAAGUCCCUGCUUCUAAAAAAGAGUCUAAAGCUCUGGAAGAAACUAAAGAUGCUGAAAUACCUCUGACCAAGGAAGGCACCGAAAUGCCUCUGACCAAGGAAGGUGCCGACGUGCCUCUGACCAAGGAAGACACCGAAGUGCCUCUGACCAUGGAAGACACCGAAAUGCCUCUGACCAAGGAACAUGCUGAAAUGCCUCCUACCAAGGAAGGCACCAAAGUGCCUCUGACCAAGGAAGAAGAUAAGGUGUUUCCAAAAGAGACUCUUAAAACAGAUAAACAAGCUACUGUGAUAGAUGCGCUUGAAAAAGAAGUGAAAAGAAAGAUACUCAACAAGAGGAACCAGCAAAAUUUAUUUCUUAAGGACGUACCAAUUCAAGUGCCAGGAACUAAAAGACAGACAGAAAUCCCAUCUGUUAUACGGUUGCUUCUUCUAUCUACACUUUUCUUUUUCUUUUCUUCUCUCCAUACACUCAUCUCUCAGCAUCGUUGA